CAGGCACCACCUUCUGGCUGGGUUUAGCCAAUGGGCAGCAGGAGAGGACAGCAGAGGGUGGGAAGAGACGAGGCCAGGGAAUGGCAUAUGUGUUUGCAUUCACUCUGAAGGUUCCCUCAAGCCCCUCACCAGAUGGCCACUAGCUCCAAGUUUAGGUGACUGCUCCAUCCUCUCACCCUGCAGAUCUGUAGGUGGUGACAGCUCACUAUGGCCGCCAGAUUCAGCUACUGCAGCAUCCCGAACUGGCUUCCUCAAAUGCCUGUAUCUUUAUUAAAUGCUCCUUAGUUUUUUAGUCUCGGCGAGCCUUCUGCUUCUUGCUGGAAAUUUGGCUGACAAAACGAUACCGUGUCUGGGUUUGAGUCCCAGCUCUGCAUUCUUGCAGUCAGUAUGUCUGAUCUGGAGUGACUGCAUUUUCUGGGCCUCAGUAUGCCUCAUGGCCUCUAAGGACACAAGGCCACCUAACCAAUGCCAGUGAUGGUUGUCAAGACCAACAAUAGCAUUGUACUUGGGCUAUCAUGAUAGCAGAGGGAUUGCAGAGGGAACCUGGGAGCUCACAGGGUCAAUGAGGAGGCUGGAGAACCAGGUUUAGAAAAUCGGUAGAUACCAAAAGGGAAGGCAGAGCAGAGGCCACAGCUGGGAUUAAGUAGGAGAUAAUCUGGUGAUGUUUCUCUGGACACAUGAAGUCACCAGCCACUUACUAUAUGCUGUUCCUGGACUCCGAAUGCUUAAAUUGCCUCCGUGUAAGUCAUCUCCCACGGGCUCUGAAUCUUGAAUCAAUCCAGUUCUCAGGAUCUAGAAUCCUGGGUGAAAUCAUGCAUUUUGCUGAGCUUAGGUCAGUGCCUGUGGGCAUGUCAUAGCUGACCGGAAGAAGUGUGGGAGGAAUAUUUGCCUUCCUACUUAACAGAAGGGGAAGCAGAGGGCCACAGUUCAGGAAAACUUAUGCAUUGGGCCACAUUCACCUUUCCAGUAAAGUAUUUGGUGCCAGAGAGUCAAAAGAUGACAAACAUCCAUUGCAUACUCUUGCAGCACUGACUGGAUUAAGUGAGAGAACUGGAAUAAAUGCCCAGGGCCUCCUCAUGGUCAUUCACCUGUCAUUAUUAUAGCUGUGGUGUCCGUGUCUAUGCCCUGACUGGGUUGCUUGGGGAAGUCUACAUCCUACACAGGGAGAGCUCAGAGCAGGCCUCAAGGUGCAUCUGACUGCAAACGGGGCUUUUGCAGGCAUGGUCUAUUUGGACACCUGCCUCAGAGUCACUAAGGCUGCUUGCUACCAUGCAGACUCCUGGGUGUCUCUGCAGGCCUGCCAGCUCAGAGUCCUGGCAUGUGUGUGUGUACCGCCAGGCUUCUGGAGUGAUUCAGCCACCUCCCAUAUCUGAGAACCACGGUGUGGAGUAAGUCUGGCGAAGGUGUUGUCAUCUGAAAGCUCAACCCAGGCCUUAGAGGGUGGGCACAGUUUGGAUGCCCAGUGUCAUUUCAGAUGGGGACUGUGGUGUGCGGGUUGGCGGGAUGUGGUGGGCAGUGGCCAGUUGAUAGCAGUGUUUUGGUGACUAGAGGCACAGAGUGGAGCAGAGGGGGGACCCCACAAGGAUGGGGCUAGACUUGCUGUGGUGGAGAACGGGGAGCCGCUGAGAGUUUCGCAAUACAACUGUGACAUAAUAGAGGUAGGAAGGACGCUGUCUCUUCACCUUCUGCUUUUUCCUGGGCUGUUCCCUUGUUACAUUUCCCUCAGAGUUUCUCAAUCUGAAGAAACAGCAGCACCUCUGGGGGACAACCGUAGACACCCCCCAUGGGGCAAGGUCCUCCUGCCGCUAGAGAGGCCCUGGCAGACAGAAGACUCAGGGAGAAGGACGGGAUGCAGGGGGCAGGCCAGCAGAGGUGGCCACCGCUGGGGCUGCUGCUGCUGCUGCUCUGUGUCUCAGGGCUCCAAGCUGAAGGUGAAAGUGAGGAGCAGAAGUGCCUACAGGAGGGCAGGAACCUGACCGUGACCUGUCCUUACAACAUCAACAAGUACGCCUUCAGCCUGAAGGCCUGGCAGCGGGUGAGGAGCGACGGCCGCCUGGAGACUCUGGUGAUCACGGAGACUAGAAAUGCAGACCUAAACCUGGCCCAGGCUGGGAGGUACCUGCUGGAGGAUUAUCCCACUGAAGCCAUCAUCAAAGUCACCAUGACCGGGCUCCAGAGGGGGGACGCGGGGCUGUACCAGUGCGUGAUCCACCUCACUUCUCAGAACCUAGUCAUCCUGCACCAUCGGAUUCGGCUAGUACAGUGCAGUGGACUUCUGGAGCUGCCUGGUGUUCCUGCUCUGAUUUUUGUGACCUGCGGAAUCAUCUUGAACAAGGGCCUGGUGUUCUCAGUCCUGUUUGUCUUUCUCCGGAAGCCCAGGCCUCAGAAGGUCUUUGGUCAGGGGGCAGGGCCAGCCCCUGGGACAGUGCCAGGCGUGGGCCAAGAUGCUGGGAUCGAUGCCAAGCGGGCUGAGCGGGUCCCACAGGAUGGGAGGAACUGACAGGAGACAAAUUUCACUCAACUGUAUUAAAAAACCUGCAAAUCAAAAGAAAAGCUGUCCUGCAUACCCAUCUUGCACACCAUCCUUGUGUCAUCUGUCACCAUGAGAGUGGCUUUGUGACUCUGUCAAUAGCAGUUGAUGGUCAAGUGGAAUCUAGGAGGAAAAGACAACAGACAGGAGAGCAGUAGGGAGACUGUUAGAGGAGAAAGGGACCCAGGGGGAGAGGAGGAGAGGGGAAGGUUAGGGGGUGGAUAGAUCAAAGUAUGUUCACUGCAUGUAUGAAUGUUCCACAAUGAACCCAUUCUUCUGUGUAAUUGAAAUGCACUAAUAAAAUUUUUGUUCUCAAAUUUCUAUGCUGUCUUUCCCGGCUGUGGGGGAAAAAAUAAAAUCAAGACUAGUUUGUCUCCA